AUGCCUGGCUAUCGAGUCGAGUAUGCCAGCAGUGGCAGAGCGAAAUGUAAUGGGAGAAAACCGUGCUUUGGCACUGCGAUACCCAAAGGUCAACUGAGGUUUGGCACUUGGGUGACUCUCCACGAGAAUGGAUCGUUUAAAUGGAGACAUUGGGGCUGCUUGACUUCAUCGGUUUUGAAAAACGUCUCGAACGAGUUAGAAGACAAGAUCGAAGAGCUGGAUGGUUUCGAGGACCUUCAACCAACUGAUCAAGAGAAGAUCAAGAAAGCUUUUCAAGACGGUCACGUCGACUCGAACGAUCUUCCGCCCACAGCAGUCCCAGAAAAGGCUGAGAAUCCUGCAGAAGAAGAGGGUAAAAAAGAGGUCAAAAAACGCAAGAGAGCGCCCAAGAAGCAAAAGCCUAGCGCCCAAACUAACUCGGAAAAUCAAGAUGAAAAUGAUCACCAGGAACCUGACGCGGAAAAGAAAGCCACCAAAAGAAGAAAAAGCCAACCUCGCAAAAAACAAUUGACAGGCGAAACAGUGAUUGAAGAGUGA